UUUUUUAUUUUCUUGUUAUCUUCUAGUUUUAUCUCUCUAAUGUAAAAUGAAUUUUCUUCCUUCUAUUAAUCAAUUGAACAAAGAAACUCCUGAAGAGUUUAUAAAGGUUGUUAACAUUCUCUUUGAGGCUGCUCCUCCUUUAACAAAGCGCCUUUUGGCUAUUCGUCCUUUCACGUCCUAUACUGAACUUAUUAAUUCUACUGAAAAGAUAUGCCUUAGUAAUGAGCUUGAUCUAGAAGAAAGACUAGAAGUCAUAAAUGCCCAUCCUCGUAUUGGUGCCUCUAAAGCUAAUCUAUCUGCCUGUUCACUUAGAGAACAAGGUUAUACUGACACUUUACAAACUAAAGAAGACAAAACAAUAAAUAUAGAACUGGCCAAACUAAAUCAACAGUAUGAGAAACAAUAUGGGUUUAAGUUUAUUAUCUUUGUUAAUGGGCGUUCUCGUCAACAAAUUAUUCCUAUCAUCAAAGAACGUAUAAAAGAUAGUAAUCGCGAAAGGGAAUUAUAUACAGCUAUAAUUGAUAUGAUGCUAAUAGCAAAGGAUCGAUUAAAAAAAAGCAACCGAAACUAAAGUCUAAUAAUAAAAAUAAUAUUAAUAGUUGAUACACAUGAUAUAGUACUUUGACACUAGUCGUUAGCAUUAAUAAUGCUUAAGCUAUUAUAAAGCUUUAUUUAUUUAUUUAGUUAUUGUCUAAACAC